GUAAAAAUAAACUAUACUUUUGAUUGCAAUGACAUAACCGAUAUAAUUGUGACCAAUAUUUGUAAAAUAUUAGUGAUUUAUCGGACAAAUACUCAUCACUAAUGUCUUCAGGCAUUGACUUUGAAUCGCUUUUAUUGCUUAAUAAGGCCAAAAAGGAGAUCGACAUCCAAGAGAUAAUGACUGAUAUGAUUGACACACAAUGUAUAGUCAUAAGUGUGUCCAACCAUGUAGUGACCCGAACCACACAAUUGUUGGACAACUGUACCAAUGAAUCGCAAGUGAUUUGUUUAAUAACAAAUUUAUCAAAAUUGAUACAAAAGUGUCUGAAAAGUGAUACCGAUUUGACUGUCGAUUCAAUAAAUCAAAUAUUUCCGCAAACAUUUGACCAGAAGUUGAAACAAAUAUUAAUUAAAUUAAUUAUUAAAAACAGUAACAAUUGGCUAAAAAAUAAUAAACCAAUUCAAUCGAUGUCAUCGCUCAUUGACUUCCAAUGCAAAACUGAAGACAACAAAUGUGUAAUUGAUUUACAGUUAAGUGACAGUAAUUCACAGAUUUCUGUUGUGUUGACGAGAGACCAGAUUCAUGAAAUGACUGAAGGAAUGGCAACCAUAAGACAACAACUUUUUGAUGCCAUUCAUAAAUCCAAUUAG